CGGAUACUUCCGUUUCUAGCAUGUUUGUCUUGGGUUUAUGCCUGGGAGACUGAAGACCAUGAAAUAUUUGAUUUGCAGGAUGCUCUUGUUGGUAUUGAGCCCAAAGGCGACUUUUACUCGAUUCUAGAAAUCCCUCGUUCUGCUGAACUUGCCGAGAUCAACAGAGCCUACAGGAAAAAGUCGCUUGCCUUUCAUCCUGACAAGACCAAGGAUCCUAAACUGCGUAAACUGCACACCAUACUGACUUCCAUCAGCACUAUUCUUAAAGACUCGGAUCUACGUAUACGCUACGAUGAACAUCUUGCUCGUGGCUUCCCAACCUGGCGUGGCACUGGCUACUACUAUUCUCGCUACAAGCCUGGUAUCUUUGUCGCCAUCUUUGCCAUUCUGUUCUUUAUCUCUGUUGCUCAGUACAUUAUUGCCUGGAUAUUUUACUAUCGAGAAAAAAAGGAAAUCAACGACUAUAUGAAU